AUGGAGAAGCGGUGUCAUCAAAAUCCAAAAUUCGGUUCACUCUACAAGGACUUCAUGGUCGAGUACGAGAAUCUGAAACACAUGAGUCCAGUAAAGAAGAGCACCUCAGCAAUGUGCUACUUACCUCAUCACGGGAUCUUCCGUGAAUCCAGCUCCAGCACGCAGCUCCGCGUCGUGUUCAAUGGAUCUCAACGCACACACUCAGGAGAAUCUCUCAACUCACAUCUCCUAGUCGGCGAAAAUUUACUACCCACUCUGGCUGACAUCAUUCUCCGGUGGCGUCGGCACCGCUACGUGUUCAUUACCGACAUUGAAAAGAUGUACAGACAAAUUCUCGUUCACCCGGAAGAUCGUCGUUUUCAGGGCAUAUUGUGGCGUCCGAGCACCAGUAACGUAGUCACCGAGUACGAGCUGAACACGGUGACCUAUGGAUUCGCUUGCGUUCCUUUCCUAGCGGUCAGAACGCUGAGGCAAUUAGCAUCUGACGAGGAGUCUCGCGGUCCACUAGGAGCUUCUGCCUUGCAGCAUGACUGCUAUGUGGACGACAUCAUCACUGGAGCCAACACCCUGCCCGAUGCGCUCUCCUUACAAGCACAAUUGAUAGAGAUCUGCAUGGCGGGCGGGUUUCCGCUGCGUAAGUGGGCAGCAAACAAUUCGGCCCUGCUAUCCAGCAUCUCUCAGGAUCAUCGGCUCCAUCAGGCUCAUCACGCCUGGGAGGGAGAGGUACACUCCACUUUGGGUCUGCGCUGGCAUCCGGCAAGCGACGAUUUUUCCUUCGCCAUCCAACCUCGCAUCGCAACGGAGUUGACCAAGAGACGAGUCUUAGCCGAAACCGCACGGCUGUUUGAUCCGCUGGGAUGGCUCUCUCCAGUUAUAGUCAGGGCCAAGAUCCUGAUUCAGUCUACUUGGCUAAAGAGGUUGGAUUGA